GGUGCGCAGCCCGGAGGCGGGGUGCGCCGGUGGGGUGCAGCGGAAGAGGGGGUCCAGGGGGGAGAACUUGGUAGUGGCCAUCCUUUUUAGGGAAAGAGGGAAAAAAUAAAACCCUCCCUCGCCACCUCCUUCUCCCCACCCCUCGCCGCACCACACACAGCGCGGGCUUCUCGCGCUCGGCACCGGCGGGCCGGGCGCGUCCAGCCUUCAUUUAUCAAGCAGCUCUUCGGAAAAUGCAUUGGCCGUUCGGAGUUUAAUCAGAAGAGGAUUCCUGCCCCCGUCCCCGGCUCGCCCACCGGCCCCCGGUCCCUGUCUCUCUCCCUUGGAGGCGUGAAGCGGUCCCGCGGAUAGAGAUCCAUGUCGGUGCCCGCGCGCGUGUGUGCGCGUGUAAAUUGCCGAGAGGGGGAAAAUCACAGGACUUCUGCAAAUAUCGGACUGAAAAUUGUCAUUCAUCUGCCGCCACCGCUGCCUUUCUUUGCCCGUGCUCUUGAGAUCUCCGGUUGGGAUUCCUACGGAUUGACAUUUCUGUGAAGGAGAAGUCUGGGAAUCAAACUGGAAAUUCUCCUAAUUUUUGCAGCCCCCUCCCCCAACUCCUGAUUCAUUUGGAAGUUUCAGAGCAGCUAUAACUGGAGAGUUCUGAAGAUUGAUGGAAUCUUUGCCUUAUGCAUUUGUUUUCACGAAAAAGGAAACCUGACAGAGGAUCAUGCUGUCCUUAAAAAAUACAAGUAAGUUCUUUGCACAGGAAAUUGGUUUAAUGUAACUUUCAAUGGAAACAUUUGAGAUUUUAACUUUAAGUGCAUUCGAGUAAGUUUAAUUUCCAGGCAGUUUAAUAUAUUCUUGAGCUGUGUAACUUGUAGUGUGUGUGCCCUGCUUUCACACAGUGGAUAAAGGGAAAUGCACCUGAUUUUGACUGAUUAGUUUGUUUUUUUUUAAACCUUUCAGCAUCACGGAGGAAGUAGACUGAUAUUAACAAUAAUUAAUAAUGUGCCUCAUGAAAUAAAGAUCCGAAAGGAAUUUAAAUAAAAAUUUCCUACAUCUCAUGCCAAGAGGGAAACACCAGAAUCAAGUGUUCCGCGUGACUGAAGACACCCCCUCAUCCAAGAAUGCAAAGCACAUCCAAUAAAUUUGCUGGAUUAUAACUAUUCCCCCUUGCGGGGCCGUGGGGCGGGAAGCGGGGGCGAGAGGUGCUGUUGGUACCCGGCUGCUUUUCCUCGGGGGAAGGAUGGCGCACGCUGGGAGAACAGGGUAUGAUAACCGGGAGAUAGUGAUGAAGUACAUCCACUAUAAGCUGUCGCAGAGGGGCUACGAGUGGGAUGCCGGAGACGCGGGCGCCGCGUCCCUGGAGGCAGCCCCCGCGCCGGGCAUCUUCUCCUCCCAGCCGGGGCGCACCCUCGCGCCCACCAGGACCUCCCCGCCGCCACCCCAGACCGCCCCUGCCGCAGCCGCGGGGCCUGCGCUCAGCCCCGUGCCACCUGUGGUCCAUCUGACCCUGCGCCAGGCCGGGGAUGACUUCUCUCGUCGCUACCGCCGCGACUUCGCCGAGAUGUCCAGCCAGCUGCACCUGACGCCCUUCACCGCGAGGGGACGCUUUGCCACGGUGGUGGAGGAGCUCUUCAGGGAUGGGGUGAACUGGGGGAGGAUUGUGGCCUUCUUUGAGUUUGGUGGGGUCAUGUGUGUGGAGAGCGUCAACCGGGAGAUGUCGCCCCUGGUGGACAACAUCGCCCUGUGGAUGACUGAGUACCUGAACCGACACCUGCACACCUGGAUCCAGGAUAACGGAGGCUGGGACGCCUUUGUGGAGCUGUAUGGGCCCAGCAUGCGGCCUCUGUUUGAUUUCUCCUGGCUGUCUCUGAAGGCGCUGCUCAGUCUGGCCCUGGUGGGAGCUUGCAUCACCCUGGGUGCCUAUCUGGGCCAUAAGUGAAGUCCACAGGCCUGCCACAAACAAAUAUGCAAAAGGUUCGCUAAAGCAGUAGAAAUAACAUGCAUUGUCACCGGCGCACCACGAAGCGAAGCCGUGGUCUCUUAAAAACAAAGACCAACCAACCAACCAAUAAGAAAAAAAAAAAAAGCUUUCAGGCUCAAUGUCGAAUCAGCUACUUACUGCCAAAGGGAAAUACAAUUUAUUUUUUACAUGAUUAAGAAAAAUAAAAUUUAUUUAUUUAAGACAGUCCCAUUGAACCUCCUGUCUUUGGAAACCCCUACCACUAAUUGACAAGCCCCACCUGCAUGGCUCCGCCUGGCUCUCCUGUGCCUAUAAACACGGAUUUCUGUUCCAUGUUGUUGACCCCACUCACCAUCUGAGAGGCAAACAAACUGACAAAGGACUUGACUGUUCCAGAAGCUGGGUUUCUGGCUGCUGGAGGUUAGGAAGAAGGUGUUCACUUUAUGUGCUUUUUUUUUUUUUUCGUGCCCUGGCGGCUGUGUUCUUAAUAGAGGGAGGGUCCUUGGAGGGGAGACCAUUCUUCCCUGGCCCGAAGAACAGGCACUUUGCGUAUGGUACACACCCGGUUGGAAGAAAACAAUCGGGAUCUUCAGAUGGACUUGGUAUUUGCCAAGAUUUCCACCCCGAAGGACAGUGAUGGGAAAAAUGCCCUUAAACCUUUGGAAAGUAUUUUUUUAAGAUACCAAUUGUGCCGAGAAGCAUUUUAGCAAUUUAUACACUAUCAACCAGUACCUUAAGCCCUGAGGUGUAUAUUCAUAUAUUUUGGAUACACUCCCCCUCCAAAUACUGGCUCUGUGUAUGAAACAGAAUCCUCUGGAAUGCAAGGAAGUGAACGUUUCGGUGACUUCUUUGGCAUCAGGAAGCAUCAGGCCGCCAUAAGUGCCUGCUUUUGCGCCAGAGGCCGUGGUCUGAAGUUCUGCCUUGCCCCCAGCUCGGAGGCCUCGUCCUGGAACCCAGCCUGGGCACUCGCUGGCCUGUCUGAGCUCGAGGGGUUUUAAGCAGAGCAGUGUGGUCUGCGAACGUCUGGAGGCUGGCGGAGCUCAGAAUUGCGCGGGCAGGAGAGAAGGCAGGAGGCCUGGGCCUGCUACCCUGGGGCUCCCUGGGUAGGCCCUGUUCCGCGUGCAUCAUGGAACCCGGGAGCCAAGGCUCCUGAGGCGUUUAUCACCGUGGAGGGAAGAAAACAGAGGCACUGCGCCUUUGCUCGUAGAGGGAGGUGGUGAAGGCUGGAGAUGACGCCCCCAAAAGGCAACGCCUGCGGCCUCUGUGCAGCCCGGCCGCAGCGCAUGCGCAUUGGCUGCACGGCCGCCAGCAUUUCUGUGCAGUUUAAAGAAAGAUUUUAAAGACUUUGGGGAGGGUCAUAAAUCCUAAAGGAAGCGUUGAAAUGGAUUAGCUGACCUAUGUCUGUGGAAUU